AUUCAGGGGAAACAUUAAGAAGAGCCCCACUUCGUCACACCCAGCACCUGCAGUGACACUCACCCAGCGCUGCCAGAACAGUCGGGUCUGUCCGUCACCUGGACGCAGCACAGGGAGCCCUUAGGGUAGCCCAGAGAACUGACGGUCGGAGCAUCCUCCAGUCUGGCCAGCCCAGAGCCCAGCCACGCUGUGGGGAACUCCAUGGGCAGUGGUGUCAGCUCUUCCAGAGCAAGCCGUGCUGCACAGCCAGGGAGAGCUGCCACGGCGCAGCGGAGAGAUGCCGCCCUGCCACAGAGAGCUAUCACCCUGCGUGGCAGAGAUACCUGGAGAAAUGCCACCCAGCAAGGCUGAGGUGGAGCCCUGUCUGGUUGAGAUGCCACCCUGCCAUGGAGAGCCGGGGGGCAGCCUUGGAGAGCUGCUGCCCUGCAUGGUCGAGAUGCCGCCCAGCAAGGCUGAGAUGCCUGAGGAGCAACCAGGGCUUGUGCCCCGCGGGAAGUGCCUAGUCCGUAACUGGCAGGAGGAGAGAGCCACGAACGAGCUGGAUCAAGUGCUGAGUCCAGAGCUGGGCAGUGAGGGCUUCUUCUACCGGCACGGGCACCGCGGGCUGCUCACCCUCCAGCUCCUCUCGCAGCUGGCCGACAGCACCACUAUGAAGGAUUCCUACCGCAGGCCCCGGCGGACUGGGCUGCCUGUGAGAGGGCAGCGGGAGGCCAUGCUGGAGUUUAUGCUGUACCAGAAAUACAGGAAGGAGACCCUGACGGAGCUUUACCCUCCCGCCGGGCCCAUGGAGUCGCUCUCCACCACCCACCGGGACUACUGCCAGGAGGGCUUCCAGGCUGCACGGCUGCCCCCCACCAGGCCCCACGACUAUCGCCUGGAGCAGCCCCACACCUUCUGGCUGGAGAGCGCCCGCCAGCUGCCUGGCGUCUCCAACAUCCGUAGCAGCGACACCCCCUUUAGGAGGAACGCGACCUUCACCACCCCAAUCAGCGACUACCUGGACCAGCCCCUGCCCUACGCCCCAGAGAACUACCCCAAACUGUAGGCCCCGCAGGGCAAUAAAGAGUGGACGGGA